AUGCGCGUCUUGUUUCUGCUUGUAUUCAUCUUGUCUCUGCUCGGAGCGCCGUUCUCCAGCCUUGCACAGAACGUGACCCCCCUGAGCGAGCUUCAAUGGACUUUGACCAAUCCUAAUCAUAGCAUAUCUGUGCCCGGGCAUGUGCCUUCUCAAGCCCAUCUCGACCUGUACGAUGCUCAGGUCGUCGGUGACCCUUAUUACGGAUUGAAUGAUUUCACUCUGAGAUGGGUUGCGGAGACGAACUGGACCUACACUGCCAGCUUAGCUUCGGUUGGCAUUUCGUCCAAUGCCACUUCGUGGCUUGUGUUCAACGGCCUUGACACGUUCAGCACGAUCUCGGUGUGUAACCAGCAGAUCGCAACCACCAACAACCAGUUUCGACAAUACUACUUCGAUAUCUCCAAGGCAAUCAGUCACUGCAAUGUUCCCACGAUCAAUAUCAACUUCGGUUCAGCCCCGAAUAUUGCAGACGAAUUGGCAAACACCUCUCUUAAUGAGCCCUGGAAGGGUUCACAGUUGACCUCCGAGUUUCCCAAUCGGUGGCUCAUUAGGAAGGAGCAAUCGGAUUUUGGUUGGGACUGGGGUCCCGCAUUCGCUCCAGCUGGUGUUUGGCAGCCUGCCUAUGUUGUUCAGCUAAGCAAUAAACAAUUAUACGUUCGAAAUACACUGCUUGAUAUCUACCGACAGGGCCAGCUCAAUAACUUGCCUCCAGAUCAAACCAAGCCUUGGGUGGUCAACGCUUCAUUGGAUGUCCUGGGCGAUAUACCGCAAGAUGCUGGACUUCUUAUCGAGAUCAAAGACGCCAGCAACAGAACAGUGACGAGCGGUGUUGGAAAGAAUGUCACCGUAUCUGGAGGAGCAAUCUCCGGUAGUAUCGUCGUUGAGGAUAGUGCCGUCAAGCUCUGGUGGCCCAAUGGUCUCGGUCCGCAAAAUCUGUACUAUGCCACAGUGACUGUCUUGAACUCCGGGAACACAAUCGUUUCUUCUACCAAACGGACGGCAUUUCGUACGAUUGUCCUUAACAUGGAACCAAUAUCACAGCGUCAACUUGACCAGGGAGUCAGAAAUGGAAACAAUUGGCACUUCGAGAUCAAUGGUCAUGAGUUCUACGCCAAAGGGUCCAACUUCAUACCUCCCGAUGCCUUCUGGCCAAGGGUCACGACAACCAAGAUCCAGCGACUAUUUGACUCUGUGGUUAGAGGCAAUCAGAACAUGCUCAGGGUAUGGGCCUCGGGUGCUUACCAGCCAGACUUCAUCUACGAUAUUGCGGAUGAAAAAGGAAUUCUUCUGUGGUCAGAGUUUGAGUUCAGCGACUCCCUGUAUCCUGUUGCCGAGAGCUUCCUCGACAAUGUGCGCGAAGAAGCCAUCUACAAUGUCCGUCGGGUUAAUCACCACCCUUCGCUGGCUUUGUGGGCCGGUGGAAAUGAACUGGAGAACCUUGAGUUGUACCUUGCCAAGUUGCUGGAUCCUGGCCAUUAUUCUCGCUGGCAAAAAGAAUACGAAACGCUGUUCUUGGAUGUUUUGCUUCCAGUAGUCUACGAGAACUCAAGAUCAAUCUCUUAUAUACCCAGCAGCACAACGAACGGGUAUCUGAGUCUGAAUCACUCCGCUCCUCACCCCAUGAUCCAAAGGUACAACAACGAAACCGAGGGCUACAUCUAUGGCGACACAGAUCAUUACGACUAUGAUAGCACUGUUGCCUUCAACCUGUCUUCGUAUCCAGUCGGUCGAUUUGCGAACGAAUUUGGCUACCACUCUAUGCCAUCGUUACAGUCUUGGGAAGAAGCUGUGGCUCCCGAAGAUCUGCAUUUCAACUCGACGACAAUUCAACUUCGGAACCACCACUACCCCUCGGGUAGUCUCAACACGACCAACCUCCCCAACUCGACAAAAGGUAUGGCCGAGAUGACCAUCUCUGUCGAACUGUACUACCCUACCCCCAACAAAGCCGAUUCGCGUGCAAAUUUCUCGGCAUGGUGCCUCGCCACCCAAAUCUUCCAAGCAGACUUUUACCGCUCGCAGAUCACUUACUACCGACGCGGAUCGGGAAUGCCCGAGCGCCAGCUUGGGUCUCUGUACUGGCAACUCGAGGAUAUCUGGCAAGCGCCCACGUGGGCCGGGAUCGAAUACUCUGGUCGCUGGAAGGUGUUGCACUACAUCGCCAAGGACAUCUACUCGCCCGUCAUUGUCGCUCCAUAUUGGAACUACACGACGGGAGACUUGACCGCAUACGUGACCAGUGAUCUCUGGGAGACCGUGCAUGGAACGGUGGACUUGACGUGGUACGACUGGUCGGGCAAUGUUUUGUCGAAUGUUACAAAGGGACCUUCCAGUGUUGCCUUCACGGUUGGCGCCCUGAACACGACCAAAGUUCUGCAGACCAACACGAAGAGUCUCGGGAGGAGCGUCGAUCUGUCAAACGCCGUGCUGAGGAUGAACUUGACAACGGAGGGUCACCUGCCAAACAAUGAGACGGCGACCACGUUCACGCAUGAAUUCUUCUACCAUCCCAUUUUGUCACUGGGGAAGGCCCGGCUCGUUGAUCCAGGGUUGAAGCUGACUUUCAACGACGACGACGACGACGACGACGCCGCCGCGGCCAGCCCAGCGUUCACAGUCGAGGCGACCAACGGCGUGAGUGCGUGGACGUGGCUGGAUUUCCCCAGCGGGGUGACCGGGAACUUUGACAGUAACGGAUUCUGGCUCGUUCCAGGCGAGCCGAAAACGGUGGGGUUCGACGUCAAGAAUGACACGACCGGUGGACGGUGGGUGGAGAACGUGACUGUGAGCAGUUUGUGGGACUUUACGACGCCGUGA